UCUUCUGCACCUCCCUCCCAGCCCUGAGAGACCCGGGUCUGAGACGAGCGCGUCCCGACAAUGACAGCUCGGUAGAAGAAGCUCCAGCCGAGGAGCGAGAAAGAGCGGGGACGAGCGGGACAGCUCCAGCCGCGGAGGAAUGCCCGGGCACCGGCAGCCCCGGCUCUAUCAGUCGCUCAACAACGUCAUUGAUGAGGAAGAGGAGGAUGGAGGCAACACCCCCUCUCAGGACUCCUUUGACGAUGUGACAAGGGAGGAAGGGCCCCAGGAGCCCGGUCGCAGCAGCCUCCCAGGGGAGGAAGGUCUCAAGGACAGCAGCUCCCCCAGGAGGAUCAGUAAGACCUGCGUGAAGAAUGUCCUCACUGUGGUGCUCAUAUUCAUCUACCUGCUGCUCACUGCUGUAGCCAUAUUCCUGGCCUACCAGACCAUCUCUGACUUCCUGGAGAAGCUCAGUCAACCCGUCAUGUCGGUCACUUACAAAGAAGUCGAUUCCUUCUCUCCUCCUGGCGUGGCUCUGUUCCCGGGAAACGCCCAGCUGCUCAGCUGUAAACAUCACUACCACGACUACAUCCCGGCGUUAGUGAACCCCGGGAAACCCCAGCCAGGAGACUGUGAGUUCAGGAAUGUGACUUAUGUGGGCCCAUUCUCCAAUGGGACUCAGAAACAUGCUGUGGUGGUCCGGGGGCCGUCUGAUGUCAGAAACAAGGAGUUGAUCUUCAUGCAGUUCAGCCUGAAUGAAACUCAGGAAGAUUUCAGCGCCAUCACCUACAUGCUCUUCGCAAGGUUCAGUGACUUGACUGCCAGUGAAAACAAGUCAGAGUUCAUGAGGGACUGUGAGAGGAACUACUCCACCUGGACCUUCUCAGGGGGGUUCAGAACCUGGGUCAAAAUGUCCCUGGUGAACACGGCUGGAAAAAACAACCAAGGUGUUGAGUUUCGGCAAGAGUCUUCUGUUGUAAAAUUCAAUGAUAAGCGGCAGGAAAGCGAGCAAACCAACCAGCUCUUCUUCGUGGUGUUUGAGUGGCGGGACCCCUAUAUCCAGGAAAUCCGGCUGGUUGUGACUGCAAACCCCUGGAGCUCCAUCGCCAUCCUCUGCGGUGUCUUCAUGGCUCUCUUCAAAGCUGCCAACUUUGCCAAACUCACCAUACAGUGGAUAAUCAGGAUGCGGAAGAGGCAUCUGAAGCAUAAGAGCAGGGAGUUGAACAGCAUAAACUGAAGCGGAUCUCACUUUUAACCCUUUAACACCCAAGAUGUUGUCGGUGACACCUAAAUAAUACAAACUCUUUACCCUACCAUAAUUCUGCUUUUCAUAUCAGCUUUGCACCGAUAGGCCACACAUUAUCAAUGUAAAGUGUUCCAUAACACUGCAAACCCACUUUUCUUCACGACAGAAUCAGCUGAUUGACAAUUGAUUACUUAAGCGCGUCACUACUGUGAAGUGUUGCAUAUCAGCCUGCUUUUCUCUGCUUCAGAAUCCUCUGGAAUAACAUUAAUUAUGUAAUUGGUUGAAGAGUUACAGUAGUCCAAACCAUGUUGACACUGGAGCUAAAGCUCCUGUGCCAUAGGCUUAAACAAACUCAAUUCUUCAUCUAAAAAAUAAUUUCUGCUGCAAAUAAGCAACCAGUAUUUCUUACAUUUCUUAUUCGUUAGUGACCAAAAACCACCAGUUACUGAUUAUUUACUUCACAUUUCUUAAAACAUCUGUCAUUAAAUUUCAAGAGUAAAAAAGCUUUCAUAGCCGUUUUAUGUUUGCUGCUGAACAACCUUUUAAGGUGUGUUUGCAUUUAACCGUUGAUGAACUUUUGACUGGGUUAAGAGGGAAAAAAAAGUCUAAAUUUUAAAAUGUUUUCCAUUUUUUCAGAAUUCUAUUUUUUGUAAAAAUCUCUUUAAUAAUCAUUUUAACUUGAAAGGGAUUGACGAAACAUUUUCAGUCUGUUUAAUAAACUGCAAGCAUGUGAAUUCUAUUGUGUCUUUUAUAGAAGUUAGAAAUAAAAAGAUUACGUUGCAA